UGAGCGUGAGAGAGGAGCAGGAAGAAGACUGGAGCCUUGCUUUAGAGCUGACGAAGACGGACAGAUAACAAUACCGAAUACUUAGUCAUACAUAUUCAGGCUCUGCUUUUGAGUCGCGCCGGCCGCUUAAAGUUCCCUUUUGGAAGCCGUCCAAAAUGGGGAUCCGCAAAAAGACCAACAAGAACCCGCCGGUGUUGAGCCACGAGUUUAUCAUCCAGAACCAUGCAGAUAUUGUUUCCUGUGUUGCUAUGUUAUUCCUCCUCGGGUUGAUGUUUGAGGUCACCUCGAAGGUUGCAGUGCUGUUCAUCACUGUCCAAUACAACGUUACCAUCUCUGCAAACGAGGGCCAAUCAGAGGAGAGCGUAGUGAAUCACUUCCACCACGGUCUGAAGGAUCUGGCUACAGUGUUCUUCUACAUGCUGGUCGCAAUCAUCAUGCACGCCAUCAUCCAGGAGUAUGUUCUGGAC